CUACUAGUAUGGCUGAGAGCCAUCUGCCACCGCCUGCCCUCACCCGUCACCAGAAACAGCGUGAUAUCUGCAUCCAGGUCCAAGUGAUGCCAGGAGACAAGCGCUCUGCCACGGGGUGUCCAGAGGGAGCCCCCAUUAUGCAAGUCCGUGAAGAAGCCCACUGGCCCUUUCCUAACCUGAUGGAUCCCCGGGAGGAUCAGGUCAUUGCGGGCAUCCUGAAGGAGCCUGGCCGGGAGAAGCUGAGCAUCCGGCAAGCCAUGCACAGGGGCCUCCUCACGCAUGGAACAGGCCUGGCCCUGCUGGAGCACCAGGCUGCCUCUGGCUACAUCGUGGACUGUGCCAAGAACCGGCUGCUCUCGGUGAGAGAUGCCAAGAAUGCGGGUCUGCUGGACCGGGACCACUUCAACACGCUCCUGAUUGCUGAGAAAGCCGUGACCGGUUACACGGAUCCCUUCUCGGGGAACAAAAUCUCCCUCUUCCAGGCCAUGAGGAAAGGCCUCCUGAUCAAGGACCAUGGCAUCCGCCUGCUGGAAGCUCAGGUGGCCACGGGGGGACUCAUCCACCCCAUGCACAGCCACCGCCUCCCCGUGGAAGUGGCCUACAAGUGGGGGUACCUGGAUGCUGAGAUUUUCCACCUGAUCUCCAACCCUGCCAACCACACCAAGAGGUGCUUUGACCCCAAUGCCCGUGAGAACCUCACCUACCUGCAGCUCCUGCCCCGCUGUAUCCUUGACUCGGACACUGGGCUGCUGAUGUUUCAGGUAAUGGAUAAGGGGUGCGUCCAUCUGGAUGAGAAUGCACGGAAGUCCUUAAAGUUUGCCACUGUGAAGGUGCAGGUUGGGAUUUUCCAAGGCCAGGAAGUCUCUUUGUGGGACCUUCUCUUCUCCAGGUACAUCCUUCAGAAUAAGCGGAAGGAGCUACUGAAGCAGUUCAAAUCUGGCUCCAUAACCCUUCAAGAGAUGACGCAGGUGCUCACUUCCAUCAUUGAUGAGGCGGAGACAAAAAGUAAGUCAAAGCCCAUCCAAAUGAUGCUUUUGCAUGAGAGAGACAGAAGCCGGUGCAGCUCCGAGAGGGAGAUCAUAGAAAAGAUCCUGAAGUCCAGGGUGGUCAUGAUGCCGGCUGGGGAGUUCUCUGGACACAAGAUCUCUGUGUGGGAUCUCCUCCAUUCCAAGUACAUCCCUAAAGGGAAGAAGAAGGAACUCCUAAAACUGUUUGCGACCGGCGUCCUCACGGUUGACCAGAUGGAAGUGGUGGUUACUGCCAUUGUGGCCAAAGUGGAGGAAGAGAAGGCCAAAAUGUUGGGUGCAGGCCAGGAGGACGAGAGUCGGUGUGAGUCCCAGGACACCCAAGUGCAGCAAUCCUUAAAGCUGAUCCAGAUCCCAGUAACCUCUGGCCAAUUCAAAGGACAAAACAUGUCUGUGCUGGAUCUUCUCUUCUCUAAAUAUUUUUCCUGUGAGAAAAGGCAGGAGCUGCUGGAGCUCUAUGGGUCAGGGGUGCUGAGCCCCAAGCAGAUGGUGGAAGCCGUGAGGAGCACCCUGGAGAAAGUAGAGGCCAGUAGGAAGAGGUUCAUGGUAAGGAUUAAGGGUCGGAGCCAGGAAGCCUCGGGGAGUAAGCAGGUCACGGCAGCUUCAAACUCCUCCGCCUCCCAGCAGGCCGAUGACUUGCUGAAGGCCAAGAUGGUCACCAUCCCUGCGGGAGAGUUCCGGGGGCAGCAGAUGUCUGUGUGGGACCUUCUCUCCUCUCAGUACAUCACGAGAGACAAAGGGGAGGAGCUGCUGAGGAAGUACAGGGAAGGGGCCUUCACCGUGCAGGAGAUGGCCUCCAUGCUCACCAUCCUGGCUUCGCUGCAUGACCUCUUCUCUACUCUGGAGAAAACAGCUCCCAGAACUGGUGCAAAGGCUUCAGACCGGGGCUCACUUGGUCCUCCCACUGUGUCAUUUGAGGGGGAAGAAGAGGAGGAAGAUGAGGACGAGGAAGACGAUGAUGAGGACAGUGGUGACGAGGACCAGAAGAAGAAGGAUAAGGUCUUGAAAUCGAGAAUGGUGGAGGUCCCUGUGGGGGAAUUCGCUGGACAGAAGGUCUCUCUCUGGAAAUUGCUCCACUCCAGGUACUUCCCAGAGAAGAAGAGGAAAGAAGUCCUGAAGCUGUACAGGAUCGGGAUUCUCUCAGCUGACCAAAUGGAAACCAUCGUCACUGCAGUCGUAUCCAAACUUUGUGAAGAAAAGGCUAAAGAAGACCGGCAUGGAAGCAGCCCUCCUCGCCACAGCCUGAAAGAAGCCGGGGCGGCUGAUGUCUCCAUCGAGAGGCUCAGGGAGAGAACCAUGGAAAGUCUAACCUUUGAGUUUCCUGUUGGGGAGUUCCAAGGCCGGAGAGUGACCGUGUGGGACCUGCUCUUCUCUAACUACGUCCCAGAGGCCAAGCGGCAGGAGCUCCUGACCAAGUAUGCCACGGGGGCGCUGAACAACCAGGAUCUGUUGGCUGCCCUCACUGCCCUCAUCACGGAGGCCCAUAGCCAGAGGAAUAUGCUCAGCAUCCCGCCCCUAUUUCCCCUACUGCCCCGGGAGGCUUCGUACAUGAUGUUUGGGCCUCCCAGGGCCUCCAUGCAAGACCUUCUGGCUCCUCAGGAACAAGAAGCCCAGAACAACGGAAAGGUGACCUACAGUGAGGUCACCAUGACCACCACGGUGGUUCAAGGGGCUGAGCAAAAGCCAGAAUAAGCAACGGGCAG